CAGUCACAUUAAAAGAUGUUGACCUACGCUGGUUUCAUCCUCGUAGCGUCUGUUAAAGUGAAAUGGUGUUUCCACCUCCUCCAGCUCGGACAGGAGGGGACGGUUCCACUGAAGAGCGCUCGUCUGUUCUUCGACGUCAGCGAGAAGGUGAAGAAGGUGUUGGGGUCGUACUUCCGUCUGGACGCUCCGCUCUACUUCUCCUACUCCCACCUGGUCUGUCGCUCCGCCAUCGAUGAGAAGCAGGAGGACCGUAAGGACCUGAGUCACCCUGUUCACGUGGACAACUGUGUGCUGGUCUCUGAGCUCAACAAGUGUUUAAAGGAACCUCCUGCAUACACAUACAGAGACUACAGUGCUAUCCUUUAUCUAAACGAUGACUUUGAGGGAGGAGAUUUCAUUUUCACUGAGUUGGAUGCUAAAACAGUCACGGCCAAGGUGCGUCCACAGUGCGGCCGCGUGGUCGGGUUCGGGGCCGGGCAGGAAAACCCCCACGGUGUCAGAGCCGUCACCAAGGGUCAGAGGUGCGCUGUGGCGCUGUGGUUCACCCUGGAUCCAACUCACGAGGAAAAGGAGAGAAUCCAAGCUCAGGAUAUGCUGAAGACGUUUUCGACCCCUGUGAACGAGGAGUUCAUCCAAAAGGAGGCGAGUGACACCGCCAAGCCCCAGCUGACAAAAGCCGAACCUCCCGCACAGGCCGACCAGGAGAAAGCAGACGAUAAGCAAGAAGACCAACCAGCAGAGCAGAAGCCGGACGAACCAGCAGACGCGCAGGCCGACAAACCAGCUGACUCGCCAACGGACGAAGUAGAGGCUAAACCGGUCAGCGAAACAAAAGCCAAAGCUGCUCCGAAGGCCAAGGCCAAAGCCGGAGCCCAAGCAAAGACCAAGACAGCGGACAAAGUCAAACCUGCGGCUAAAAAAGACGCAAAGCAGACGGUUAAAACACAAGCCAAGCAGGUAGUCAAAAAGGACGCCAAACCAGCGGCGAAAAAGACAGUAAAAGUUGCCGCCAAGACAGCUAACGCUGACACCGCGUCGGCCUCGGACUCUCAGAAGGGUAAGGAGGAGCUGUGAUCUAAACAGCACCUGUGACUGUGUCUAUGUGCUGUUUAUUUUUCUAUUUUUUCUACUAUUUCUGACAUGGUCCUCUCUGUGGGUGGUUGAAUGAAAACGGAGGGAAAGGUUGAGUUAUUAAAACGUUUCACUGCAGAUUAGGGGUGCACGAUUCAGAAAAUGUCACGAUUCGAUUCAAUAUCGAUUUUUAGGCUCAAGAUUCAAUUCAGAAUCGAUUUUCGUUUCAAAAAAACGAUUCACAGUAUGUAAAUGUAGUUACUUUUCCCAUGUGAUUUCAGUAGACAUACAAUAAAAAAAUAAAAAAUUCGGAAUUCUAUGAAUCGAUUUUGAAUCGGUAGAGCUUGAAUUGCGAUUCGAAUGUGAAUCGAAUUUUUUGCACACCCCUACUGCAGAUUUCGCUGAAAUCGUCAGUACUUGACAAUCAAACUGACAAUCUGCUAGAAUGCCCAAAUCACUGGAACCAUCUUUGUUUGGCGUCCGAAGUUUAUGGGUAUGUAUAGAUGGUUCAUCUCAGUUUUGAAUUUAAAUGACUUUCUGUGUAUUAUAAGUGUACUAGGUUUGGGGAAGACUUAGGUGAACAUAUUUGGCUGUGGGUUUAGGGAUCCUCGCUCAAGAAAAUAUGACUUUUUUUCAAUAAAAAAACAAAAUACUAUUUCA